GGGCGUCGGUACCAAGCGUCCACCUAGGUACUCUCCCAGACUACUACUCUUGCUUACCAGCAACGCAUCUUACCAUCAUGUGCCGUACUCUCGGUCAUACUGAUGGUUGGGAUGGUUUGUAUUGUACUGGAGAACUCCCUCAAGGGUAUGUUUCUCUGUUCUUGCCCACCGAGGCGCAACAUGUGCACGGGUGUCCUUACCACUUCCGUCUUCCGGUCGGCAUGUCUCUCGUGCCGAAGACCGUUUAUUCUCCUGGCAGACCCUCGCUCCUCAUUUCCUUUGCUUGUUACCUUUACGAAGGCUAUCCCGCAUAUGACAAUCCUCUGCUAUUUGAUCUUCGAGAUGUUGCCUGGGUCCUCAAGUCGAUGUGGUCACAUCAGUCUCCAGGGUUCUGCAACCACUGGGGCUUUGAAGCAGUGCUCAGGCCCGAAGUAUGAUGACACUCGAAACAGAUACAACAGCAUGAAGCUUGCUACUCAGGAGGAAUUGCCUCCAUACUUCGAUAUGCGGCAGAUCUUGGUUGUAAAACUCCAUUUUUGCUACAUCCGAGAACAUGCCUGCUCUUGCACAAUUGAAACGCCUUUGACCCUGGGCCGUCGCAUACAAGCACAGGGAAGACGCUCUCUAUCGGCUCCCGCAGUAGAUAGACUUCCUCAGUAGAGCUAUUUGCGACUUCCACAAUAGCUCUCCGGCUCAUGUGAGUCUAUCAAGAGUUUUGUGCACGUAUAUACUGCAGCCGUUGCAAUUCGGACUUUGAAGCAUACAACAGCACGCGAGCGUUGUAGGCUCUCCAACGGUCAUCUUACUUGCAAUCUCAAGGCUUCCUGUUUUGAAUAUAAACACGAGUGGCAGAGAAGGAACGACAGCGUUGACCGUUGGCCUGAUCGUGGCUGCUUUCUCAGGCAGCGCAAUGAUAUUACUCAAGUGG